GCGGACGUCAUUAGUAGCACGCACACACUCACUCACGCAUAAAGAGCGCCACAUCAUCAUCAUCAGUCUGAAACGUUUGAUCGACAGGGGUGUGGAGUUUUGUGUUCUAGCGUUUUUCUAUAAAGUUGAGAGAGGAAAGACGUCGGUGAUGUUCCGUCGCAGCCGGCUCGCUGCCGGGUAUCUGCCUCAAAUCAAACUGGGCUCCAACAAGACCGACUUCUUCACCUCGUUGUGGAACAAGCCGCAGACGCGGGAUGAGCGCGUGAAGGAGUACGUGCCAGAGGUUCUGGAGGAAAGCCUCGAGGAGCAGCGGGCGGUGCUGGAGGAGAGCACCUCCCGCGACGUUAUCGUUGAGCUGGGCAACAAGAUCCUGCAAGAGAUCGACAGCAAAAGUCCCACCCCAAGCAUCGCUCCACACUUAGCCAAGCUAUUAGCGGAGUACGGCGCCAAGGACGUGAUUGCGCAGCGGCCGCUGAGCUACUUGCUGUAUCCGAGCUCGUCUGCCAUGGCCGCCGGGGAGCAGGCGCAUGAGUUAGUCUCCGGAUUCCCCGACAACUUCCGCGCGAUGAUCGAGGAGGUGGAGCGUAGCGGGUGCUCGGUGAAGCAGCCGCUGCCGUCGGCAGCGCCUUCCGCAGCCGCGUCUUCUACGAAGGAGACGGAAUUGAGCGACGCCGCGGACGCCCACGAAAACGCAAAGGCGGAGGCAGCGACAUCAGCAGCGCCAUCCUCCGCGGAAACGCCUAGCACGGAGAAGGAAGACAACGUCAGCAGAAGCAACGCCGCCGCAAAGAAGGAAGGAGAUGUCAUCAUGGCGUCCAAGGAGGAAUAUGAGCCAAUGGACAUUACGAUGUUCGUGAAGGUGGCGGCGGGAAUGGCGAUGGCGAACCUGCACUGCAACGAUCUGCGCAACGCCGUCCGCUGCGUGGAUGCCGGCAUCGCACACGCGAAGGAAGCGUCGCGCCUGGGCGGCCUACACGCCCUGAAGGCGGGAUUGUUGGUUCACCAGAAGAAGUACGAUGAGGCGUUGGAGAGUGCGGUGCGGGCGGUGGAGGUGUCGGGGAACGUGCAGGGCUACCUCCAUGGUGCCUACGCCCUGCGCAAACUCAACCGUCCUGAGGAUGCGAUUCACUUGCUGGAGCAGGGACAGGAGGACCACCCAAUGAACACGCAGUUUGCGGCGCAGAUUGCGGCCCUCAAGAAGGAGGUGAAGCCCGCACUUCCCGCCUCCACUUUCUCCUCGGCAGCCAAGACCGCUAACAAAGACGCACUUACCGAGUGA